GAUAACCCAUUGAUUCAGACAGCCGUCUGUAGGCAGACACACAGAGGAGUGGUCGGGAAAAGUUUCGUACGGACGAGGGCUGUGGAACGAGUCAAGUGCUUCCAGUGAUAAGCACUGACGCUUGUUGGGCUCUUUGCCCUACUUUCGGAUAACGAUAUGGACGCGUUGAAGUCCGCGGGGAGGGCAAUUAUCCGGAGCCCCAGUAUCGCCAAACAGUCCUGGGGUGUGGGCAGACAUAAAAAGCUUCCAGAGAACUGGACGGACACGAGGGAGACCCUUCUGGAGGGCAUGGUGUUCCAGCUCAAGUACCUGGGGGUCACCAUGGUGGAGCAGCCCAAGGGGGAGGAGCUGUCGGCCUCCGCCGUCAAGCGCAUCGUGGCGACGGCAAAAGCGAGUGGGAAGAAACUCCAGAAAGUCACACUCAAAGUCUCCCCGCGGGGAAUCAUCCUAUAUGACAGUGCCUCAACCCAGCUGAUCGAAAACAUAUCCAUAUACAGAAUAUCAUACUGCACAGCAGACAAGAUGCACGACAAAGUGUUCGCCUACAUCGUCCAGAGCCAACAGAACGAGACGCUACAGUGUCAUGCCUACCUCUGCACAAAGAGGAAAGUGGCUCAGGCGGUGACGCUCACAGUGGCCCAGGCUUUCCGGGUGGCGUUUGAGUUCUGGCAGGCUGCCAAGGAAGAGAAGGAAAAGAGGGUGAAGUCUGGCUCGGACGGGGAGGGCGUAGGAAACUCCCAGUCGGAGAGCUUGGCCAGCCUGGCCAGUCUGAAGGGAGGAGAAGUGGCCACAGGGGAACUGCUGGACCUGGCUGACGGAGCCAAAGGGGUGCUGGCCCACUCUGGGAUCAUCCAGGGAGAUCCAGACCCCUUUCUGGCACACAGGCGCGCAAUGGAGAACAACAAUACUGUAUGGGAGCUGGAGGACGGACUGGAUGAGGCGUUCUCAAGGCUCGCUGAGUCUCGCACUAACCCCCAGGUCCUGGACAUUGGGGUAAAUCCUCAGGACAUCCACACUGAAGAGUGCCUGUCCCUCAGCCAAUGGGACCAAGCAGAAGCAGAACCCCCCGAACAAAAGGACACUUGCAGCUUCUGAAUGGAGGCCGGUGCUGCAGAGAAAAAAGAUGGAGGUGGACAGGGAGCGAGGGGUUGGGGGUGUAGAUGUUGAAGACUCUGUAAGUGAAACUCUAAGAGACAAACAUGCUGCGCACUAAAGACAUUAGGAAAGGAACAUAGCGGACACUUGCAUUGAUGACCACCUUCUCCCACAGUGCCAAGUCUUCUUAGAGGCGCCAUCUUGUGGCCAUGAGUGGUAAAGCACACAGAUGUAAUGGAAAGGCUAAAUAAGCCACUGGCUCACAGAGCAGACCAAAGCAAUACAAAGCAAAUUCUCCCUUUUUUAUAUAUACUAAAAUAAAACCAAUGCAUUCACUUGAUGUUUGUUACAGUCAGUGUAAUAUCGUUUUUGUCUUUGUUUACCCACUGUAUGUUGUCAUGUCAUUUAUUUGAAAUGUAUGUAUUUCUGUAUGUGGCAUUCAAGUCUUUGUAUACAUUUAUAUGUGUAAACUGAAUUUUAUCAUUGGAGAUGGACUAUAAGGGUUAGUUAUGCACAUUUUAUUAAAUAACAAUGGCAAAGUAAGGUGCUACGAAUAUGUUGCAAGGUUUCCAUAAGUUAAUAAUAAAUGGAUAAGAGGGACAAACUAACUGGUCAAGGCGUCCAGUCUUAGUUAAUUAAAAACUGAGAUAUAUUAAGUUCAGCGUUGUAUGAACUUCAAGGUCAUAGCCUUUGAUCAGGUGGAAAUAAAGGCUUUUACAUGUGUGUGUAACUGUAUGUUGGCUUUUGGCUAAUAUAAAAUACAUAACAAAGAAUAACAAAAGAUGACAAUCUUUUUUUUUUUUUAUAGUGCAAAAUCUAUUUUUGCAUUCCAUGUGUCCCACUAUGGAGCAUAUGUAAUGGAAAGUUACUUUCAGGCUGAAAUCCAUGGGUAUUGUACAAUAUACUGUACCAGUAUGUGAAAGUAUUUAAUUGCAAUGAUCUGGUCUAUUCUCUUCUCUGCAGGGUUAUUGGUCCCCCAAAUACAUUUUGUUAAUGUUUGCAAAUAACUUCAUUGAGUAAUUAUUUACAUACACCUUAUUAAAAUCCCAAUUCUGUGUAAUUUCUUCCUUGUAUGUACAUAAAUGUUUGGUCAUGUUGGGUCUACACUGUUUUAUAUUCAAGCCAAAGCAUUUAAAACCGCUAUGAUCUUUUUAUGUGUCAAAAACUUUUUCUAUCACAACUAAAUGUUGUUUUUAAUGCUGUAAUCGCAGUCUUCUGUGAACAGAACAAUUAAUCCUCGCUAAUGAAGGAAUGCCCAUUGCCCACCCUCCUUGGAGUUCCGGAGCGGCAAUCUAUAUCGAACCACAAACCACGCACAUCUCAUCUGCCUCUCGUAAUUCAAACCAUCAAGAAAGAUUUAUUCGGCUUUCAGCAAUAUUUCUGUUUCUUCCCAACCCAGUAAAACAUCUGCUACAUAAAAGGUGUGUGUUGAACACUUAUCUAGAAUUCCAUGUAGGCUAUUAUCGGUUGUGAAAUCUUGAAUUUUCCAACUCACACAGGUUUUUGGAUAUUGAUCUAUCAGUCAAUACUGCAUGACGCAAUGCAUUGACUGAUAGAAUAUGACAAUAUCGCAUAGGCUAUUAUUAAUCAGAUGAGAAAAAUAACUCAAAAUAGCGGCUAGUGAAGGCAGAUGAAAAAAAGCUGUAAACAACUUGCCGAUAUUCCCCAUAGAUGUGAUAUUGCCACGUCUAAAGGUCAGUGAUUUAGGGUAUGGUUGGUUGAAGUUACUAAAUCAACACUAAAAUAUAUAGGUGUGACUUCAAUUGACUUCAACCAAAAAAGAGGAUAUCCUUUAUAAGAAAAUCUGUGCCAUCGGAUUUUGCAAAUAAAAGGC